UAUUUGCAUGGUCACAGUCAAAACAGAGAAGCAUGCAGUUUCUAAUUAGCUUGUCGUUGCUGCUGUUGUUUUGCAUGGCGGUAGACAGGAUCCUUUGUGUGCUUUUUGUGUGGAUACGUUGAUGCGAUUUACACGAAUUCACCCGUUUCCCGGCAGAAUAUUUGUGUUAUCCACAGGAUUUUGUGAAUUACUACAGAUGCACAGGAUUUUGUGAAUUACUACAGAUGCAUCUUAAACUCGAAACGGAAUAGAAUGUUGCGACGCUAGCGUUUUCAGAAUGCAUCACAUUUUUAUGCUUCGAGAACGCCGGGUUGUGUGCCGUGCAACCUUUUUUUUUUAAAGCUCAAAACAAUUGUUUUGUCAUGCUUAUUGUCCAAGUAAAUAUGCCUUGCAUCAACACUGGGCUAUAGUACGUUAUCGUAACAUUCGUUUCACAUAGCUACUUUAGCAGACGGGCCUUAUUUGACGUAACUUUUGGUUAUUGGUUCUCGAGCUAGGUCCUGGGGGUACCCUAUGUACCCUGGUUUUCGUUCCAACCACAAGUACUAUUCCAGAAUUUUUUUAUUAGCCGCUUUUCAUCUUUCGAGGGAUUAUUUGCCCUUUCAGAAAUUACUGUGCAUGCCAUGAAGAAUAAAAGCACCAUAGUCACAUUGCGCUUAUUGUUAUAUAUUGCAAACGAUUACACGAAGAGGUAAAAAAAAAAAAAAAGUUACACCGAGGCGAAUCACUAGGGUCCUAAUUGAGGCGAAAAUUGGGCUGAACGACCCCAUGCUCUGCUAUAUCCUGGAUGGGGUGCUGCUGCUGUACGGUCUGGUCAUCACGGGGCUCUUCUUCAGAGAGAGAUACUUCAAGCCGACUAAGGCCGACUCCAAAGAUGACGGUAUCUAUAUGGGCCUGAACAAAGCAGCCGACGCGUACGACGUCCUGAGGCCCUCGGGCGACGCCGAGAGUGGAGCCGGAGCCUCGCGAGGGAAGCGCAGGCAGGGUGAUGAUGAGACGUACACGCCCCUUCAGAAAGGAACCGAGGAUAACUACAAAGAGAUUGGAGUAAAGAAGGAGCGCCGCAGAAACAGAAAUGAACAGGUGUACCAGGGUCUGAGCACCGCCACCAAGGACACCUACGACAGCCUGCACAUGCCGCAACUGCCACCACGCUAAGAAACGGCAGGGUGACCUUUGACCUUAAGACCCCCUGACCUUUCCAUGCCGGCACAAUGACCAAUCCCUGGCUCUCACAGUAGAGUGCAGCUUUCUGUUCUAUGUUGCUGGGCAAAGUCCAUUCCUUCCAGCAGCAACAGUGUGCCCAGUUUUAUCAUAUAAAAAAAUGAAUUACAUUCAUUGGCCCAUUGGCAAAUAAACAAUUUCAGCCAAGUGAACCAAAACUCCGCUAAAUUUUAGGUGAAUUUCAGUUCGGGUCAAUUACUGCCAAUUUCCUCCCCAAACACCAAUAAUUUUCAGCCUUUUCACAUGAAUGUGAAAAAUGUAUUUUGAAAGGCAGCCCCCCCCCCGCCAUGUAUUGCUAUUUAAAUUAUUAAUAUCACAGUCCAAACCAGGUUUAAACCUGGCAUGUCCAAUCGUAUCCAGAAACAGGGCCAGUCGGGGUGCACCACGCCUGAAUUAACUAUUUAA